UUGUGUUUAUUAUUUCCAGGUUUUGGUUAGUUUAGCUCUUCUUGAUAAAAGCUGGAAUGUCAAUUUUAGGAAACCAAGGUGAAUUUGCCUGCGUACCGAGGGAAGCCGCUACAGACUUUAUAGUGAAAUGCAUCACUGCAGCUGGGGCAACUACAUCUCAUGCAACCGACCUUGCUGAGCUGUUGGUAGCUGCUGAUUAUCGAGGACACUUCAGUCAUGGAAUGAACAGACUUGAGAUGUACGUCAAAGAUUUGAAGACAGGAAUUUGCGACGUGAAGGGCGAGCCUGUUGUUGAGAAGGAAACGGUUGCCACGGCAAUGGUGGAUGGGGGGAAUCUACUCGGACCUGCUGUUGGGAAGUUUUGUAUGAACCUUGCUAUUAAGAAAGCGUCGGAAGCAGGUGUUGGUUGGGUGUGUGCACGCAGAUCAAACCACUACAGUAUAGCUGGGUAUUAUGGGUUGAUGGCUGCUGAAAAGUCUAUGAUUGGCUUUUCUUUCACCAACACCACACCGACUUUAUUCAUCCCUCGAUCUAACUCUAUGACCCUUGGUACCAACCCGAUCUGCUGUGUUGCUCCUGCUAAGGAUGGCGAUUCAUUUGCGCUAGACAUGGCAACGACAACUGUGGCUUUUGGCAAAGUUGAAGUGGCUCAUAGGAAAGGCGAAAAUAUUCCCAAUGGUUGGGGUGCUGACCCACAAGGUCGAGAAACAAACGAUCCAACGAAAGUUUUAAACGGGGGUGGGUUGUUACCACUAGGUGGAUCAGAGAUCGGUGGCGGAUAUAAAGGAUAUGGGUUGGCUAUGAUGGUUGAAGUGAUGUGUGGAGUGUUGGCUGGAGCUCAUUAUGGGAAGAAUAUUAGAAGGUGGGGAACAACUGAACGAAUCGCUGAUUUGGGACAAUGCUUCAUAGCUGUCGACCCAAAAGCCUUUUUCCCCGGGUUUGAGGAAAGACUCCAGGACUUCAUCGACAGCCAACGUAACUUGGAACCCUCUGACCCUAACCACCCGGUUCUUGUGGCUGGUGACCCGGAACGUAUACAUAUGAAGAAGUGUGAUGACAUGGGGGGAAUUCCAUAUCCUAAGAAUGUUGUUGAAUACAUGAAUGGUGUUGCAAACAAGUUAGGAGUUAGCAGUAUGACUACAAUCAACCCAAAGGUUUAACCAUAUAUUUGCCAAAUACAUUUCUACAGCUUGCUAUGUGGUUUCAUCUGUUAAGCAUUUAUAUCAUGUUGCUUUUUAAUGGCUGUGUGUUAUGCAAUUCUAUUCAAACUUGCUUGUGUGUUAUGCAAUUUUAUUCAAACAAGUUUUAACUGAAAGGGUAUUCGUGCCUUAUACAGUAUAGUUUUAAUGCAUGGGAAUAACAA